AUGAUUGAUGCCAGGAAAUCCAUUCCAGCAGGCAACGAGUACGAUGGAGCAAGCAAAUCCCUCAAACGCCAAAUAUUGAAGGACCUAAGGAAAACUGAGAGCUCUUGCGGACAACUCAAGCUCGGGAGAUGGGGAAGGAUUUUUGCUACAGGAAACACCCGUCCCCUAUAUCAACUGAUACGACCGGCUGGCUCCAAAAAGGUGGCUGUCAGUGGACCAAUAAGUGAAAAAGGCGGCUCAUUGAUCACUCCGCAAAAAUGUCGACUGGGAAGAUGGGCCGAAUACUUCGAAGAACAGUUUAGCUGGCCUCCUGCAACACAGCCUGUGGAGAUAAUGCAUACGGGCGAUUGGAAUGUAAAUCUUAGUCACCUGUCGGAAGAAGAAAUAAGGUACGAAAUGUCGGUACUGAAACGUGAGAAGUCACCAGGACCGGACGGUCUGUAUCCAGUUCUCUACAAAAAAAGGCUGCGAAUCCCUGGAAACCCAUCUGACAAAGUCUGUUGGUUCGAUAUGAAGCGAAUGGAAAGUUCCUGCAGUGUCAACAGUUUGAGUGGUGCUGGAAAGUCAACCAUAGCCUUUUCCUUGGAGCAACUACUGGUCGCCCGUGGUAUAUCAGCUUAUGUACUGGAUGGUGACAACAUUCGAACCGGCCUGAAUAAAGAUCUUGGCUUCAGUUCCGAGGAUCGCGAGGAAAACAUCCGACGAAUAGGCGAGGUGGCCAAACUGUUUGCGGAUGCAAAUAACAUAUGCAUUACAAGUUUCAUCAGCCCGUUCGCGAGAGAUCGAAAUGCCAACCGCCUGCUCCACGAAAAUGCUGGCCUGAAGUUCUUCGAAAUAUUCAUCUCCAGCCCAAUUGAGGUAUGUGAACAGCGUGAUGUCAAAGGGUUAUACAAAAAAGCUCGUGCUGGAGUGAUCAAAGACUUCACUGGUGUGACAUCAACCUACGAUGUACCAACCAACCCCGAUCUGGUUAUCAAUACCGAUGUUCACGACGUACAGGAAUGCGUUCGUCAAUGUGUUGAGUUUCUUUCCAAAAAGGGUGUGAUACCAAGUUUUCACGAAACUAAUCCAUUUGGCGGGCCAAUGCCUCAAGAACUGUUUGUUUACGAUCCAGAGAAGCUAGAUGCGAUUCGUCAGGAAGCCAAAAAACUGCCGGAACUACGAUUAACGCGUUUGGAUGUGGAAUGGUUGCAGGUGUUGGCCGAGGGCUGGGCCACUCCUCUGAAGGGAUUUAUGCGAGAACGACAGUAUUUACAAGUGCUCUACUUUGGUCAGCUGGUUUCAGAUGAUACUCAAGUUCCCAACCUCACAGUACCUAUUGUGUUACCGGUGCACACUAGGGAGAAGUCGAUGCUUGAGAAUGCCAAGGCCUUCAAACUCACCUACCAAGGUCGAACACUCGCGGUUCUCAGGGAUCCCGAAUUCUAUCGUCAUCGGAAAGAGGAGCGCUGUUGUCGUACGUUCGGCACAUUCCAUCCAGACCACCCAAGUAUAAAAGCUAUUCUGGCAUCAGGCGAUUGGUUGGUUGGUGGUGAGCUGGAGGUGUUGGAGCGUAUUCGAUGGAACGACAAUCUCGAUCAGUACCGACUGACACCGCGAGAAUUGCAUAAACGAUUUUUGGAAAUGAAGGCGGAUUGUGUUUUCGCGUUCCAACUACGCAACCCAGUACACAAUGGUCAUGCGCUGCUGAUGACAGAGACAAGGCGACAAUUGCUUGAAGAACAUGGUUUCCACAAUCCCGUUUUGUUGCUGCAUCCAUUGGGCGGCUGGACGAAACCGGAUGAUGUGCCAUUACACAUACGUAUGCUUCAACAUGACGCAUGCCUAGAUGAGGGAGUUUUGGACCCAAAAACAACCCUGGUUGCCAUCUUCCCUUCUCCCAUGUUGUAUGCCGGGCCUCGGGAAGUUCAAUGGCAUGCUCGGACACGGUUGUAUGCUGGUGUGCAGUUCUAUAUUGUAGGGAGAGAUCCCGCAGGUUUGCCUCAUCCAGACGGAUCUGGAGUUGACUUAUAUGACCCAACGCAUGGUGCACAAGUUUUAUCGAUGGCACCUGGUUUGCCUGGCUUAAAAAUACUCCCGUUUCGUGUGGCCGCCUAUGACACUAAGGUUGGGAAAAUGAACUUCUUUGAUCCGAAAAGAGCUGCAGAUUUCCUCUUCAUAUCUGGCACAAAAAUGCGUGGACUUGCCCGUAACGGGGAAGAGCCACCGGAAGGUUUCAUGGCUCCGUCUGCAUGGACUGUGUUGGCGGAUUAUUAUCGAGAUUCACUAAACAAAGGCAACCAGAAUUAGACGCUGCUUUGAUACUCCUCUGCUAUUUUAUCAAAGUUGGCAUCUACUCCUCUUGGCUUGCUGGUUUAUUCUCAAAUACUUUGUACCUCCGACGAAGUUUGUUUUAUCUUGCCUUCUUGUUACAAAAGACCAUUGUGAUACUCUUGUUUGUGUGCUGAUUUCCGCCUUUCUGAUUUUUUACUUUAAUACCAAUGAAACAGUAUCAAUUACUUGAAUUCCCAUGUGUACCCUGUUUGUUUUUUGGCGAACACUAUUGACGGUA